AUGGCAGGCUUCAUUCAGAAAAUCGGAGGUUAUCCUCGUCUGCUGCUUGCAGGCAACCCCACAGCACGCGACAUAGGGACGUUACUACUCGGUAUCAUAAGCUCAAUAGCAGCUGGAGUUCCAUUUCCUAUCAUUGGUAUUCUCUUCGGUCAACUUCUGGAUGACUUCAAUGCAGCAACUUGCGAUCAAGCAACCGACGCUGGAGAUGGCGAUCAAAGGAGCAUCAACAACACCAUCUUGAUUAUCUUUUAUCUGGCCAUUGCUCAAUUUGUUUGCAUCUACGUUCAUCUGACUUGCUGGACGCUCAAUGGCGCUCGAUUGGCACAAAGACUUCGUGAGAGUUAUCUCCAGAAUUUGCUCAGACAGGAGCCAUCAUUCUUCGACAAUCUGCCUCCAGGAGAGGUUGCAUCCAGGCUCCAUGGAGAUAUCCAGACCAUUCGCUCAGGUACUGCAGAGAAGGUCGGCAUCUGCCUCUCCAGUGUGUCCUUCUUCGUUACAGCAUAUAUCGUCGCUUUCAUCAAAGACUGGAAAUUGGCGGCAGAACUGCUUUCUCUCAUCCCAGCUUAUUUCAUCAUGUCGAUUGUUGGAAGCCACUACAUCGAAAAGUAUUCUGGCAUGGUCUCGGACUAUGCUGCAUCCGCCGCAUCGAUCGCUUCCGAAGCACUCAACAACAUCAUGGUGGUCCAAGCCUUUGGUGCCAAUGCUCGUCUGGAGAAGAAGUUCUCGGACGCCCUCAGAGCUUCUGAGCACGAAGGCAUCAAAAAGGCUACGGCUGUCGGCAUCCAAAGUGGUGUUUUGUACUUCGUCGCUUACGCUGCCAACGGUCUAGCUUUCUGGCAAGGAAGUAAGCGUAUCGCAGAUUCGGUCGAAGGAAAGCCUGGAGGUACCACUGUUGGUGCCACCUUCACCGUCAUCUUCAUCUUGAUUGAAGCUACCCUGCUUCUCAGUCAAGUCGCUCCAUUCGUUCAUCUCUUCUCAGCAGCCGUCGGCGCCUUCAACAAACUACGUGGAGACAUCGACCGCGAACCUUUGAUCGACGGACAUACUAAGUCUGAACUUGCACUCCCUCAAGCAGGGGCUGGAUUUAAGUUCAAGGACGUUUCUUUCACAUACCCAUCAAGACCUGAGAUUACUGUCCUCGACAAGAUUAGUCUCUCCAUUCCUGCCAACAAACACACCGCCCUCGUUGGUCUUUCAGGCAGUGGCAAGUCUACUAUUGCUGGUCUUGUCAGCAGACUAUACGAUCCUACCGAGGGUCAAAUCACAUUUGAUGGGCAGGACGUUCGCACACUAAAUGCUCGCGAUCUAAGAAGUCUUAUGAGUUUGGUUCAGCAAGAGCCUUCGCUCCUUGAUCGCUCUCUUCUUGAGAACAUUGCUCAUGGUCUUAUCAACUCGAGCGAUCCUGGUCAUGCCCAGUUCAGAGAUAUUCUGCUUGGAUCCGAUCUUGCAGAAGUCGCUGCUGAUAUCCGUGAGGGUACUGAUCUCAUGGCCGCUGCAGAAAAACGUGGCCCUACUGUCGUCGAAAUUGCUGUCUUGGCCAAGAGAGCUGCAACACUCGCCGAUGCAGACCAAUUCAUUGUCGCGCUUCAGCAAGGCUAUGGUACAGUCGUCGGCUCAAGCGGUCGACUGAUUUCCGGCGGCCAGAAGCAACGUAUUGCUCUUGCCAGAGCAUUGAUCAAGAAUCCUGCUGUGCUCAUCCUCGAUGAAGCCACUGCUUCUCUCGACUCAAGAAGUGAGCAGCGUAUCCAGCGCGCUAUCAAUAGUAUCACCAGCGGAAGAACUGUCAUCACCAUCGCUCAUCGCUUGGCAACUAUCACUACGGCAGAUAACAUUAUCUGUAUGCACAAGGGACACAUCCUCGAACAAGGUACUCACUCAGACCUUAUGGCCACCGGAGGAACUUACGCCGAUAUGGUCAAGAUGCAGACUCUUGGAAACAUGUCCGAAACGCACACCGCCAACGCUGACAAUAUCAGUGUCUCCGACCGAACGUCGACAGGCGAUAUCGAGAAGAAGAGCUUGUACGAUGAAACUGCGGAGGCUGAGAAAGCCGAGCUAUACACCACAGAGACACCGGUCAGAGACUCUGCCGAAGAAGAAGAGCCUGAUGAGCUACCCGCACCUCCCAAAUCUCUAUGGGAUCUGGCAAAAGGAUACGGUCCGGCAUUGAGACCACACAUACUCUACAUCUUUGUCGCUUUCAUUGGUUCUGUCUGCGUUGGCGGCGCUUUCUCUGGUGAAGCUGUCAUCUUCGGUAACACUGUUGGCAGUUUGAAUCCUUGCCACAGUCCUAGCCGCAUCCGUAAUCGUGGUGACUUCUUCGGUCUCAUGUUCUUCAUCCUCGCCAUAAUUGAAUUCUUUGCCAACUUGGUCAGUUGGUGUGGAUUUGGCUGGGUCUCCGAAAAGGUUGUGUAUACUGUCAGAGUCUUGUCAUUCAGAUCGCUUUUCGAGCAAGAUCUGCAGUGGCAUCAAUCUGAGGGCCGUACACCAGCUUUACUUCUCUCAUACAUUACCAGAGAUGGAAAUGCUCUGGCUGGCUUCAGUGGCUCUGUUGUUGGAACUCUAUUCUCGAUCACUGUCAACCUUAUUGCUGCCAUCAUCCUCACUCACAUUAUCGCUUGGAGAAUUGCUUUGGUCUGUCUGUCGCUCGUGCCGCUUCUUCUUGGAGCUGGUCUCAUGGAACUUCGUAUCCUCGGCAAGUUUGAAGAGAAGCACGAAACUGCAUAUACCAAGUCUGUGGACAUUGGUGUUGAGGCCAUUACUUCUAUCAAGACCAUUGCGUCCUUCUCGCUUGAAGAAGAGAUUCUUCAUACUUACAGACGCUCGUUGAAGGGCCCUCGCCAGGACACCCUCAAGGUUACUCUGCAAGCCAGUCUCUGUCAAGCAUUGACAUACUUCUUGGGUAACUGCGUCAACGCUCUUGCCUACUGGUGGGGCUCGAAGCAGAUUCUCAACGGCAACUACACCCAAACACAAUUCUUGAUUGUGGUGUUUUCUCUACUUGUCGGAGCAUUGCUGUGGUCGCAGAUGUUUGCACUGGCUCCUGAGAUCUCCGCUGCUCGCAACGCAAUGGCCAGAAUCCUGAGCUUGAUCCAGAUUGGCAAGGACAAGAUGGCAGGACAUGUUCGCCCCCUUAAUAUGUCGCUCGAGGGCAACAAUAUCGAAGCUAUGGCUGAGACUAAGACUGCACAUGUAUCCAAUAACAAGGCUUCCAGUGUUCAGAUGAGAGAUAUCCACUUCUCAUACCCAGCACGACCAGAUGUUAAGGUCAUGAAUGGACUCAACAUCGACAUCAAGCCCGGCCAAUUCGCCGCACUGGUCGGUCCCAGCGGUGCCGGCAAAUCUACCGUUAUCUCUCUCGUUGAGCGUCUCUACGUUCCUCAAUCAGGCUCAGUGCUCAUCGAUGGCCUCGACGUCACCAAAACCCGAGACACAUCUUUCCGCGACAGCAUUGCAUUGGUACCUCAAGAAAGCGUGUUGUUCGAAGGCAGUGUGGCCUUCAACAUCGGCCUAGGCGCUCGUCCCGGCUACACGGCAACACAAGAGGAAAUCCAAGAAGCGUGCAAGUUGGCAAAUAUCCACGAAGUCAUCCUCGCCCUACCAGAAGGCUAUUCCACUCUCUGCGGCCCCUCUGGCAACAGCUUCUCCGGCGGUCAAAAGCAACGUCUCUCCAUUGCUCGCGCCCUCGUCCGCAACCCUAAGCUCCUUAUUCUCGACGAAAGCACCAGUGCUCUCGAUGCAGAGAGUGAAAGGCUUUUGCAGCAAGGGUUGGACAAGACAAAAGCUAAAGGUAUCACGGUGAUUGCGAUUGCGCAUCGCUUGCACACUAUAAAGAAGGCGAAUGUGAUUUUCUUGAUCGAAGGGGGUAGGUGUGUGGAUAGUGGCAGUCAUGAGGAGUUGCUGGAGAGGAGCUUGGAGUAUAGGGAGAGUGUUAUGCAUCAGACUGUCGCUACGGAUUAG